AGGAGGAGGAAGAGAAAAGGACUAAGCUCAGAUCAGAAACAGUGUGGAGAGGACAUCGAGUUGAAACAAGCCAAGGGUUCAGCAAGAAAAAGGAACAAACUAACAUCAAACUCUUCUAUUCUGUCAAGAUGAUUAGUCUGAUUUUGGCAGCUCUGCUCCUCACCGCAACAGGUUCAGUACAAACAACAGAAAAGUCAUCUGAUGGAGAAGUUGGACCUUGCGACCCUCCCCCCUCUUCACCUAAGAAUCAGUGUGAGGUCCAUACCUGUGAUCAUGUCAGUAAGGAGUUUCGUUCAUCAGAUGUCACACACUGGCUGGUGAACACCUCUGAACACACAGUGUUAUUCAACGUCUACGGGCUCUCAGAUAAAACUAACCUGACUAUAUUAUCCGAAUAUUUAAAAAAUGCUGUUGCGUGUACCUACAGCAAUAACAUAACUAACUCCUCAGGAGUGGUCAAACAAUCAAAUGGGCAAUUUACAGACCUUCUAAAAUGUUUUCUGAAUAUUCUGAAAAACCAUCUGCUUCUGUUCCUCAUCAUAUUCGGGGUGGGGAUUCUGACUGGGUCGUUGGUUUCAACUUUCAUUAUUUGCCUUGCGAUAAAAUGCCACAGAAAGAAGAAAACUUAUUCAGCUGAGGAACUGGAGCUGGUGACCACUGACAUUGAUCCACAGGUUCAUGAUGAUGAAGUACUGGACUUACGGGAUGAUGGCAUCCAGAACCAAGAGCCAGUAGAAUUUGGAGACGACUCUGCUGAGAACUUGAUAGAUUCUGAGAUGUCUCCAAAGGAAUCGGAGUACUCAGACAUUGACUUCUCUGCAAUAAAGGGAAAGAUUCCUAUGGAUGAAAAAGAGGAGGAGAACACCAGAGAGACAGAGUAUGCUGAGAUUAAGAGAGUAGAAAUGGAGGAGCCACAGGAUAACAACGAAAUAGAUUGUGAAAUUUGGGAAGGAAAUAAUGAGGAGGUAGAGAUAGAGCAUCAGGAGGAGGUUAAACAGGACAUGCUGGCUGAACAGGUGAUUGAAGAUGAACCACCAGCCAGUAUAUACGAGAACUGAACUCAGCUAACCAGAAAGUAUUUCUUUCAGUUGUUUAUUGAAUAUAGAUUUCCUUGAGUUUGUGUGAAAAAAACACUUGGAACUAGGAAAGAAAAACCCAAGCUAGAAAAAUUAAGAAAAAGCAAAAAGCUCCUGCAGAGUGAAAUAAAUAACAGGACGUUAUAACAAUUAAGCAUUUAGAUAAAGACAAUUAGGUAAGUGCAAACUGGCAAAGGCAAACUGGAAAAAAAGAUUUUAGUACCUUGACUGUUUGCAUUUCAACUAUCCCAGCAGUCCACUUAUUAUCUCCCGUUUCAAAAGCUAUUUAAGGUAAAUGAAACAGACUUUAUUUGGGGGGGGGGGCUUUUGUGUACAGUGUGCAAAUAUACAGUAUCCAUCAAAGCCAAAGCAUUGUGUGAGGAAUAAUAUCAAGCUUCUUUUUUUGCAAAGAUACACAUCUUUAAGUAGUAUUUUCAUUAAAAUAAUGUUUUUUGCAAGUUUUUUUCUGUUUGUCAUGGUUAAAAAGUAGAGUUUUUAUUUUGUACUAGGUGUUUUUAAUGCAUGUAUAAUUUUGCUUUUAUAAAUUCUGGUUUGUACUUUUCUUUGAAAUAUAGGUUUUCUUUUCCUUGAUCAAAAACUUCCCCUUUUUUGCAUGUGAGAUAUGCAAGUUUGCUAUGUUAAUGGAAUCUAUUGCUCAAGACGCUUGUUUAAAUGUUGAGUGUUUUUAAGAGAAACACACUUUGUCUCCUCCUCCCUGCUUAUGAUCAACAGUCAAUGCUUGAAUGUGUGUAAAUUCACAGAAUAUUCAUUGUUUUUUGGUUUCUUUGUGCACUUAAAAGAAAAUGUUAACCUUUAGAAUGCUGUGGGGAGAGGAAAUGGACAAAUACAGUAAUGCCCUCAGGGGAAGUACAGAAAUAUCCAUCGCAAUGACUUUGCUGAGAACAGUAUUUGCAGUAUCACACCAUAUGAAACCAAAAAGUUACAUCCUGAAGAUGUAAGCUGGGUUUUCCUUCCAUGCACUCAAUAAAUGCCAUGAUUCCCUUACAGUCUUGUUGUGUUUUAAUCUAUUAUUAAAUGCACAUCAAUAAAGGA